AUGCAAACGAAAUCGUUGGAUAUUCUGCACGCCUGUGAACAAGGCGAUAAGAAGCACCCUUUGGGAAAAUGCCCGCCAGAAAAUUUUUCCCUGAGCUGCUACUCAGCAAUAGAAGGAGGAAAUUGUACCGAAAAUGGCUCUGCAGAAGUUCCCAGAGGUAAUGGGAAUGGUUGCAUGCAGUUUAGAGAGACGUCCAACGGGCCGAACGGCUUUGAGACACUGCCGGUGAUGGUUAAUUCCCCCAGUAGGGGGUACGAUUCUGUGGAAAUUGCUAAUUUGAAGACGGACUAUCGCCCCAUGACAUCUCCUAGGGAUGGCGACCCCGAAUACGAGUAUGUACUCUGUAUUGUAAACCCCGGUUCAGGGGAACGUGGCGUCGCAGAACACGUGUUGGAUUCUGUACGUGCGGUUAUUGGAGCGGAUCGUGUAGUGACGCUUGACGCGGCGCUCUUUGCGGACCCAACCCCGCUUUUGGAGGCUAUUCGCCGCCACGCCGUACGUUCCAUUUCUCAGGAAAGAAAAAAAUCAGCCCUGACGAGAGUCACUGCCGGUGGCAACAGCGACGCGGAUGCUCGUGGCGAUGGAGUUUACAGUCGGGGGUUGGAAAGGCGUGGCACUGUCAUUGUUUGUGGUGGUGACGGCACGGUGUCGUUUGUCAUGGAGCAGCUGGACGCCGUGCGUGACAUGAUGCAGCGGACGGAGAGGGGUUCCUUUGAAGCGGGCGCAAGGGCUAGGGGCGGUGCUUUAAAACCGCGUUUUGUGCUCCCCGCCGUGGCGGUUCUUGCAAUUGGAACGGGCAAUGACUACUCCAACUGUGUGGGGUUUGGUAACGGCUACUCGCGUCAUAAACUCUCGUGUCUCUGUUGCUGCAUGGAGAAUGCCAUUGAGCCGCUUAUUAGAAACGUUGUCACUGCCCCCGCGAUUCCUUUUGACCGGUGGAGAGUACAACUGGUGCCACUCACGGCCAUAUGGGAGCAGCAGGAAAGGCAGCGUCAAAAGAAACAGACACCUCAUUUAACGUUAGGGACGAAACAUGAAGAACUCGUUUUAUCUGUGAAUCCGCCAAGGGGCGACAUGGAGGAAAAGAAGAUACAAGAGGAGGGGAAAAAAGAAGAAGUGACGGUGACGGAGGACACGGUGGAUUUAUACGCAUUGGACUGGGAUGCAUUGGAGGCCGAUGAAACAUGCCGGAAAUAUAAUUUUAUCAAUUAUUUCAGCAUAGGCUUUGAUGCGUAUGUGCUUCAAAAAUUUGAUUUUUUUAGAAGGAAACAUCCGAAGUUUUGCUCGACACGAAUGAAUAACAAACUGGUGUAUGGCGUGUAUGGUUUGAAGGCUGGGACCCGUUGUUCAUCUCUGCGCCCAUGCAUUCCACAGAUAUGUGUUCCACAAUUGGCGCAGCAUUCCCCUAUUCACACAGAGGCAUCCCAAAGAUCUUCUGGACAGACGACGGAGACAAAAUCCAUGAUGACCUUGUCGUUGCCAAAAGGCAGCAAGACGUUGCUUGUCACGAACGUUGGUUCGUACGCUGCAGGCACACGUCCAUGGAAGGAGGGAAAAGGUAAGUUGUAUCGUGAUGAUCAUCUUGCACAGCCAAUGAUCAUCACUCCUGUCUGUGUGAAUGAUCAUAAGAUGGAGGUGCAGGCUGUCGGGGGUAUUUUUCAGAUGGGGUUACUACAGCUGGGGAUUGGCAAGGGGGCCUCCAAAUUGGCACAGACACGGGAAAUGUUCGCGUUCGUCCUCUGCAACCCAACAGACAUCUCCAGGCGUGAAAACCCGCGGUACGGUGAGGAGAUGUUGGCUGGAAAAGAGGGGGUCGAGGAGCACACACCCCUUUGUAUGCAACUUGAUGGUGAGGCGAUUGGGAGGAUUAACUGCCCAACUGUCGUUCACAUUACGGAGUUGCAUCGACCCCGUGUGUAUGUACGCUGCCGCAACCCGAGGGUGGUUCGGUACCCCAUCAAAGACGAAGAAGACGCAUUUUAG